AUGUUAAAAGAAGUCACCACUGAGUUAACGGUUAAAGUAUAUAGUAGUUCGAUACGUAAUGCCUUGAAUAUAUGUCAUAGCGGGGUCUCUUCGGGUGUUAAGCCGUCUUAUCUCUUCUUGUGCGGUCACUGCAAAAAGCUGGCUCCCGAGUUUGACAAGGCAGCAACAAAACUGAAGGCGAAUGAUCCUCCCAUCACCCUCAUAAAGGUUGACUGUACUGUCGAGAAGGCCACUUGCGACAAAUUCGGCGUGAAGGGAUUCCCAACCUUGAAGAUCUUCCGUAAUGGAUUAGAAGCUCAGUCAUACGAUGGACCUCGUGAAGCAGACGGCAUCGUAAAAUACAUGCGCGGACAAGCGGGCCCUUCAGCUAAGGAACUCAAAACAGUGGAAGAGUUCAAGAAGUUUGUUGGAGGCGAUGAAAACGCAGUUGUUGGUUUCUUCGAAAACGAAAGCAAACUGAAGGAUUCCUUCCUCAAGGUUGCUGACACCGAAAGAGAUCGGUUCCAAUUCGGAUAUUCCUCAAAUGCGGCUGUUCUGAAGGAGGCUGGCUACACUGACGAUAUUGUGGUUUACACGCCAAAGAAACUUCACAACAAGUUCGACCCCAAUGAGUUCAAGUAUGAUGGCAAUUACGAUACGGAUAAGAUUAAAAGUUUCCUCAUCCACGAUACUGUUGGAAUGGCCGGUAUUCGUACAAUGGGCAACCUGUUCCAAUUCGAGCAGAAACCUCUUGUGAUUGUUUACUACAAUGUGGAUUAUCUAAAGGAUCCCAAAGGGUCAAACUACUGGCGAAAUCGCGUGCUCAAAGUAGCGCAAGAUUACAAGAGGAAAGUCCAUUUCGCUGUAUCGAACAAGGAGGAGUUCACUACCGAAAUUGAUCAGAAUGGUCUCGCAGAACGUAAAGAUUCGGAUAAGCCCAUCGUCGCCGCUGUCACCAAUGACGGCAAAUUCCCUAUGGAUGACGAGUUCAGGUAG